AUGACUGCUGCCUCCGCAGCAGCUCCUCCGCCAGUUGGAGAAAAUGGGGUCAGCGGGCAUACUCAUGGCCCUACAAUGGCCAUGCCCCGAUUCCAUCCAAUCGCUAUCAAUCCGAAUGUGCAAACCUCCGCGCCUCCUGGUCCGGCGCUAUACCGUCCAUAUGCAACUUCCAUUAUAGAUCAUGGACCACCACCUCCUCCUCCUCCCCAUCAUGCUCCGCCAGGACCUCCUCUCCAGCAACAAACCCUUGUCCCUCACCAGCAGCAUCCUCCGCUCCUCCCGUCCCAGAUUGACCAGAUUGAAGCCCGGCUGCGCCAAAUCGAACAUGAAGAAUCAAGCCGUGCGGCUGCUCGAGCGCACACGCUGAAUGUGAGGAAGCGGGAAGAUGAGGAGUUUCGAAUGAUCACUGAGCGAGCAGAGGCAGAAGAAGAUGAACUACGGAGACGACGAAAGCGGUUGAAGAGAGAGUCAAUGGGCCUCACGUUUGACGGGCAAACCGAAUCUCCACCUCCCCCAACACCACGACGUCUCUCCGAAACCAGCGCGGCAACGACAUUAGCCUUCUUCAAACAACAAAGUCCGCCUGAGCCACGGCCGCCGGCGUCGGCUGAGAUGAGACCACCACCGCCAGCCAUCAUCCAACAACCAACACCCAUGGUCGCCCCUGGCCCGAUAGUCAACAUGAACAUGAACAUGAGCAUGAACGGUAGUGGCGCCGGCACGGGUACAUUCCGCAAGAAGCAGAAAUACACGAUCAAGAACGCCGAAGCAUGGGGCGAACGCCACGGCCGUCCGGCAACUUACGAUCCAGCGGGUCGCGCGCUAUGGAAACGGCCGUCCGACGGCCAGCUGGUGUAUCUCGACUGCCCAGCGCCGGAUUGCGGAAAAUCAGACUUUGUGACGCUGCAUGGGUUCAUGUGCCAUCUCACCAAGAAACACAAAGACCGCAGUCUGGGGAGUCAGUCGCGCGCGCUGGAUCUCUGUGGGACGGUUUACGAUCCGAAUGCGCCACGGCCGCAACGGCCGAGUCUGAAACGCGCGUCGACUGAGGGGAGUCGAGCGGGAUCGAUGCAUACUGAUCCGGAUGAGGAGUACUCGUCGAAUGGGUCAGAUAACGAAGGCAGUCUCCCGCCAAUAUCAGGAACAGGUCAACGUCUAGCCCCAACGCCAACGCCAGAGGGGAUCAAAAAGGAAGCAAUCAGUCCACCACUGGCCACUGAGCAUACGAAUUCCAAUGGCAGCAGCAUUCCACCACCACCACCACCACCACCACCACCACUGCUCCAGCCCCGAGAUUCCCCACCACAAGCGAGUACCAGUAGCACCUCGAAUAAAGCGAGCAUUGCGUCGAUGAUUGACAGCAACGUCCGCGCCGAGGCCUGGACCUCGCACUCGCCGCGUCCAUCAGAACCGGCUGCCGUCGCGGUGAAGGAGGAAUCAGCGGCUGUCCAGACGCCGUCGAAUAGCGAGGUUCAGGCUUAG